GGUCCUCUCCCACAUAGCCGAUUUCGCACUACGAUGGUCCACGAUGGCCCAUCCCUCAAAAUCGGCGUUGGCUGUCGUGGACCGUAGUGUGUCAUCGUGCGAUUUCAGACCGAAAAUGGGUCACAACGACAUGGCGAGGGAGGAUCGCACGUCUACGCACGACUAUAUCGCAUACAACGACGACUGUCGAGCGGGCAUCGAGGCAUGGCCGCACGACAUCGCACGACAUCGCAUGACAUCGGCCGACAUGUCGGCGCAUAUGUCAGUACGGCAGCGUACGACGUACUCGAUGACAGCCCGACAUGAACGAUGGCCUUUCGAAUAUCGCACGACUGUCGCUCGAAGGGCGCACGACACCACAACGACGUCGAGCGCACGUCGUGCACUUACCGUGGGUGGAGGUGGUAUAUACAUAAACCGGUGGCCCAACAUACUUGCUGUGAAUCUCCUUAAAACCUCCAGAGCCACACGUUACAGCAUCCCACCUGCGUAGCCACAAUGUCUCUCAUGUACUACAUCACACCGACACUCAUUCGCAGGGAUCCUGAACUUGUGAGAGCCAUACUGGACUUUGAAUACUUACACAGCGUCACCCUGUACACCCUACUCAAGAGGAUGAGGAGGAAAACGAGGAAGGCCAAGGAACGCAGUGUGUGGGUACGGCCAUACCUCACACGCCGUGCCUCACAUGGGCAUUAUGACAACCUAAUGAGGGAGCUCGCCCUUGAAGACCCACAGCUAUACAGGAACUUCCUCCGCCUAGACGAGGGACAAUUCAACCAGAUCGUGGAGCGGGUGCGGCCACGUCUUCAGAGGGAGACAACAUUCUGGAGGAAGCCCUUGGAUGUUGGUCUACGUGUGGCUAUCACCCUGAGGUUCCUGGCUACCGGCGAAACAUACAAGAGCCUCAGCUAUGCCUUCCGUGUUGCAUCCAAUACUAUCAGCAAGCUGGUACCGGAGACGUGUAGGGCCAUAGUCGCAGAGUCUGGGGACGAGGUUAUGCAACUACCUACCACACCUGAGGGCUGGAAGGAGAUCGCCAGUGGCUUCGCAGAGAGAUGGAAUUUUCCCCACACCGUAGGAGCUAUUGACGGGAAUUGUUGA